CGCCUCUACUGCCAGGCGACGGGCAUGGGGGGAACGACGAGCGCAGGCCACAGCUCGGAGCAGAUCGAGAGCAUGGAGCCGGUGAGAGACCGGGUCAUCAGGGUCACAUUCAACGCGGACGUGCACUCCAGCAUCCAGUGGCACUUUAGACCCCAGCAGAGCGAAAUCUACGUGGUACCAGGAGAGACUGCAUUGGCAUUUUAUAAAGCAAAAAAUCCUACUGACAAACCAAUAAUUGGAAUCUCUACCUACAAUGUGAUACCCUUUGAAGCAGGACAGUAUUUCAACAAAAUACAAUGUUUUUGUUUUGAAGAACAGCGGCUAAAUCCUCACGAGGAAGUAGACAUGCCCGUCUUCUUCUACAUUGAUCCAGAAUUUGCAGAGGACCCUAAAAUGGCUAAAGUUCAUUUGAUCACCCUCUCUUACACCUUUUUUGAAGCAAAGGAAGGACAGAAGUUACCACUUCCUGGAUAUCAGUAAUGGGCAAUCUCCACACAAUUUGACUUCUGCUGCCCGACUACCAGUUUUGAAGCCAUUUUCCAACAGGAGGAAAAACUGCAGGAGUACCAUGCACUAUGAAAUUAUUUUCUCAAACCUCCACGGACACA